CUCAGCAGCUCUGCUGCGUUCACGGACCUCUUCCUCCAGUAGGGCGCCAUCACCAGGUGGCUCUUUAUUCCACAAGAAGGUCGUCUGACAGCAUGACAAGCGACACAAUCAAUAUAACACCCAGAGCCAGAUAAAAUGCACAAGCUGCAGAGACUCUCGGUGGCCAAGCUGGCGACAGUUUUCCUCAAACUCUCGGUGAGGUUAAAGAGCUCUACAGGGAGACCGUCAGUCCCUCUGGGUGCAAGGCUUCUGACCAAUCCUGAUGACAUCUUCAAGCACAACAUGUGGGAUCAUGUGGAGUGGACAGAGGAGGACCGAGAAAACGCACGGCGGCAGGCAGCAGAAAAUUCCAGUGUACGACUUCCUUUAACGGAGCAAGGUAAACUUGACAGAGAAGCUAGCCAGUACUGGGACAAGUUUUAUGAGAUGCAUCAGGAUAAGUUCUUCAAAGACCGCAAGUGGCUGUUUUUAGAAUUCCCAGAGCUGCUUCCUCCGGGCGCAGAAAGCCAGGACGCAGACACAUGUCGGAGUAAUCAGCCGGCGGAAAGUCCACUACAAGGAACGUCCAGCACGGACGCAGGGACAAGACGCCAUCGCAGAAAUACAGGCGAUGUUCACUUUCAGGAGGCCGGUCAAGAUGCAGGACGAGGAGAAAAAGAAGCUGCCGAACAGACCUCUGCGUUUCCCGGACAGCAUGCAUCUUUCAGGAUCUUCGAGGCUGGAUGUGGCGUUGGUAACAGUGUAUUUCCCAUUUUAAAAAGCAUUAAAAACACAGAUUCCUUCUUGUACUGCUGUGACUUCUCCCCACGUGCCAUUCAGAUGGUCAAGGACCAUCCCGACUACGACGACUCGGUCUGUCACGCCUUUGUCCACGACAUCUGCGAGGAGACGGCCUCCUUUCCCUUCCCUCCUCAGAGCCUGGAUGUCGUUCUGGCGGUCUUUGUGCUGUCCGCUAUUCAUCCGGAUCGAUUACAAGGAGUUGCGAAUCGACUAUCUGCGUACCUGAAACCUGGAGGAAUAUUCCUCUUCCGUGACCGUGGAAGAUAUGACUUGUCACAGCUCAGGUUUAAGAAGGGAAGGUGCUUAUCAGAGAAUUUCUACACAUGUGGAGAUGGAACCUGUGUUUAUUUUUUCACUAAAGAGGAGGUUCAUGAUUUAUUUUCCAAAGCUGGACUGGAAGAAAUUCAGAAUUUGGAGGACAGACGGCUACAAGUGAACCGACGGCAAAAAGUUGUAAUGCGCCGUGUGUGGAUGCAGGGCAAGUUCAGGAAACCAUAUCCACCUUCAUCGUCUUAACACCCCACCUUCCUGUUUUUUAUACUUACUACUUUUUUUUUUCACAUACUUCUCUGAGAGAAACAGUUGUACAACAAUAAAACUAUGCAAUAAAAACAUUGUCAACAAAAUGUGUGGUGUUGUCUGGGUUCAUAUCAUUGUAUUAAUAUUCAUGAUUGAGUUUAGUGACUGUAACUGCUGUGACAGAGGGUCGAGGGACUAAUUAACAGAAAAUAAGAAUGAUUACAAAAUGAUCAAAAUGUUAUAUAUAAGAAAAAUUAUAAUGACAUUAAACAUGUUUACAUAUUAAAAAGAAAGCUCUUAAAGAAGCUGCUGAUGACAUGUGAAUAAAUAAUCCCUGUAACUCCUGUUUACUUUUGCACUUUAGUCACUUUACUCUUAAAGUCGUGUCUACAUCCUCCAUGGACAGUUUUGGAUAGUUAAUACAUUUAUGGCAUAGUUUUUUUCUUUUUGUACAUAUUUUACAUUUUUCUAUUUUUUGUAUUUUCUUCGUUAAAAGUAUCUUGUAAGUACACGUUGCUCACUUGUGCCUUAAAUUGACCCCAGGGACAAAUAAAGUUUUCUGAAUCUGA